UGGGCGGCUGCUGCUCCUUCCUUCCUUCGCAGCGCGGCCGCCCUCCGGUUCCUGCAGGAGUCAGGCACGUCCGGACGUGGGCGAUGUGGUUGGUGCAAUCGCUCCGCCGCCGGCCCUGGCUGACUGCCUGGCACCUCCGGGUGGCCGGAUCUGCCUUGGGCUCCUGCCGCUGCAAAGCCGUUCUCCCGGAGCUUCGUCCCCCCGGGCGGCCGAGCGAUCCACGCCGCCGCCUGGCCGGUUCUUCUCCGCGCGCCUCUUAUAAGCACCAGGCAAACAAGGGAGAAAGGAAGACAGUUAUCUGCAUCGAGGGGAAUAUUGCUAGUGGGAAAACAACUUGCCUGGAUUAUUUUGCUAAAAACACUGGCAUUGAGGUAUUGCCAGAACCAGUGUCUAAAUGGAGGAAUGUUCAUGGUCACAAUCCUCUGGGCUUAAUGUAUCAAGAUGCAACACGAUGGGGGAUGACCCUACAGACUUACGUGCAGUUGACUAUGUUGGACUUGCAUACAAGACCGAUGAUUUCUCCCAUAAGAAUGAUGGAGAGGUCAAUUCACAGUGCAAAACACAUUUUUGUGGAGAACCUAUAUCGCAGUGGGAAAAUGCCAGAAGUAGAUUACAUCAUCCUGACUGAAUGGUUUGACUGGAUCCUCAAGAACAUGAAUGUGUCAGUUGAUCUGAUAGUUUAUCUACAGACCUCUCCUGGCAUGUGUUACCAGAGACUCAAGCAGAGGUGCAGGGAAGAGGAAAAGGUCAUUCCGCUGGAAUAUUUAGAAACUGUUCAUCAGCUUUAUGAAGACUGGCUUAUUAAACAAACAUUGUUCAAAGUCCCUUCUCCUGUGCUUGUGCUGCAGGCAGAUGAUGACCUGCAGGAAAUGAUGGACAAAUACGAAGAGAAUCAGGACCAAAUCUUAAUGCUGGACAACACGCAACACCAUCUGUAGAAGUAGCUGCCUCUUACUGUGGAAGAGGCGCUGUUCCCCAAAAGAACUUCCCAGGGGAUAUCACAAGCUGGAGGGAGCUGUAGGCUUGGCUCUUGCAAGUAGCUCGAUCGGUGGGCUUGGAAACUUGAGGGCAUUCUGAGCAGCUUUGCAGAGUUGUCCAAGUGCUGGAAUGACCAAAUUGCUGAGAGAGCCUACCAGCUCCAUGCAAGAUGACCCACCCUGACUGCAGCUGGUCUUGGGAAGAGCUGGAUUCUGCACACGCCUCUGAAUCCCCUCCCCAUCCACAGCCCCUUCCCUGCUUUUGAACUCCCCCUUGUGGAGUGAAGUAUAAGAAUCAUCUACAAGGGAGCAAAUACGUACAUAGGAAGUGUGGCUUUUUCUUCUCUUUCAUAGCAGCCCUUCUAUUUUUAUGAGCUUGCACUUACACUGCUAGUGAGAACUGUGAGAUUCACAAAUGAAGGAGAAAUAUGAAGAGAAUCGGAACUAAAUGUGUAGCUGUGGCUUAAUUAUUUCUCUUGUCAGCCGAGGCUGCUGUUUGGAGUUAGCAAAUGCAUAGCUUGCUUUCUGAGAGAGCCUGCCUCAAAUACAAUCACAUUUAAAUCUUAUUUAUU